CUUGAACUAUUUCAAACGAUUUUUAAGAGAUCUGAAUGAAUCUAAAAUUUCUGACCCUUUUGAAAAUAAAGAGAUCAACUACACACUUUUGUUAUUAUAAUACCAUCAUAUCUCUCAAUUACAAUGACUACACUCUUUUUCUCGGACUUGAUCCAAAUCGCCUCGAACCAACCCGGUAUAUACAUUAUUCUAAUAAGUCUAUUUACUAAUUAAAAAGUAAAUAGAUUCCCCCGGAAUUAGUAUGCAACAUAUCAACUACCGAUCUUCUAACAAAACCCAUCGAAUAAUAAACUUUCUACACCGGCUCGAAUGCAUAAUAAACCGUCCAGUGUCCAAAUUUCGAUUGCGACACGAGAGAAUAAAAAAAAAUAAAAAAAAAAGCGACCGGAUUAACCCGGAGUUUAGCUAGUGGGGAAGAGCGCACACGUUUGAGGAGCGCUGCAUAUCCGAAAAAUCUCGUCCGCCCCUCUCACCGAAACCUAUAUAAACGCCACCUACUUAAGCACGCCUUAGUCGACUCGCCGGCCCAACUUGGGGCGUAAAAACACCCGAAAAAAACUCACCCGGAAUCGUCGAGAACAGAAAAUGAACCGGCCCCAGUUGUACGCGAAGUUCAGCGAUUUGCAGAAAACGGACAAUUCGUUCGUGCUGGACAAUUACCUGGAGACCGGCGGAUGGGGCGAUGGGGAGAGCAUCUGCGACAUCGGCUGCGGGGACGGUACCUUCUCGGUGGAGGGUUUGGCGCCCAGAUUGCCCGACAAUUUCGAGCGAUUAAUCGCCUGCGAUGUGUCCGAAAAAAUGCUCGACUUCGCCAGGGAUAAGUACCCCCUGCCUAAAUUCGAAUUCGUCGAAUUCGACGUGAGCGCCGAUGAUGUACCCGAUGAGUUCCGAAACGCUUUCCACCACGUGUUUUCCUUCUAUACGAUGCAUUGGGUCAGAAGACAGAGGAAAGCGUUCAAGAACGUAUUCAAAAUGUUGAAGCCUGGAGGAGACAUUUUGUUCACGUUUCUGGCCAAAUCAUCGCUUUAUGACAUCUAUCAGAACAUGUCGAAACGGAAAAAAUGGAGUCAAUACUCCGUGAAAGAAUACAUAUCGCCCUAUCACGGCUUGAAACAGCCGGAAAAGCAUCUGCAGAAGCUCCUCAACAACGUCGGUUUCGAUGUGAAAGUCUGCAAAUUAGUCACCAGGUCGUUCCAUUUUCCCACAUUGGACGUCUUCAGAAAUACCAUAACAGCGGUGAAUCCCAUCGUGCAGAAAUUGCACCCGGACGAUGUGGAAGAGUACCAGGAGGACUUCAUGGCGGAGUUGAGCAGCAUCAAGAGCGUCGUGGUCGAAAAUGUGAACAAUAAUAGCGACAAAUCGAUUCGGGAAAUCCACAAAAUAUUCGUGGUGAUCGCCAAGAAACCUGAGUAAAAAGUACGAAUUUUGUAAUGAUUUCACGGUGAUCUGGCGACGCUGUCGAAACGCUACGUUGCCACAUCUUGCACUUUGAAUAUUUGUGGUGAUCGUCAAGAAACCUCUCGAGUAAAAAGUGCGAGUUUUGUAGUAAAUAGACGGUGAUCUGGCGACGCUGUCGAAACGCUACGUUGCCACAUCUUUAAUUUCUUCUCGCACUUUAAUUAGAAUCAAAAUUAGAAGACAGACGGUUUUGAUUAGUGAAAAACGUAUUAACAUCAUCGCAAGAUUAUCGUGAACAUUAUUUAUAUUUAGUUUAUUGUAGGUAGAAAAAUCGCGUAAAUUAUUAAUUAUAUUAUUCUGUAAAUUGAAGAAACUAUAGUAUAUA